CAGCAAUGGCGAGUGAUCGCCUUCUCCUCCUCCUCCUCCGCGUCACUUUCCUCCUCACCUCUCUCUCGAGGGCGGCAUUGUGCGCGACGUUCACGCUGACCAACUCCUGCGGCUACACGGUGUGGCCGGGCCUCCUGUCGAGCGCCGGCUCGCCACCGCUGGCCACCACGGGGUUCGCGCUGGCGCCGGGGGAGUCGCGCGCCGUGGACGCGCCGGCGGCGUGGUCGGGGCGCGUCUGGGGACGGACGCUCUGCGGCGCCGACCAGGCGUCCGGCCGGUUCGCGUGCGCCACGGGUGACUGCGGCUCGGGCGCCGUCGAGUGCGGCGGCGGCGGCGCCGCGCCGCCCACGACGCUGGCCGAGUUCACCCUCAACGGCGGCGGCGGGAACGACUUCUACGACGUGAGCCUCGUGGACGGCUCCAACCUGCCGAUGGUGGUGGUGCCGCAGGGCGGCGUCGGCGGCGCGACGUGCGGCGCCACGGGCUGCCUGGUGGACCUGAACGCGCCGUGCCCGGCCGACCUGAAGGUGGCCGGAGCCGACGGCGCCGGCAUCGCCUGCAAGAGCGCGUGCGAGGCGUUCGGCACGCCGGAGUACUGCUGCAGCGGCGCGUUCGGCCGCCCGGCGACGUGCCAGCCAUCGGCGUACUCGCAGUUCUUCAAGAACGCGUGCCCUCGCGCCUACAGCUACGCCUACGACGACGCCACCUCCACCUUCACCUGCGCCUCCGGCACCGUCGAUUACCUCGUCGUCUUCUGCCCUAGCAUCUCCAGCCUCAAGUCGUCCGUGGGCGGCGGCGCGAACCCGUCGACGUCGGGGGCGGGGCUGCCUCUCAUCAACGACACGGUCUCCUUCCUCAACCACGGCGGCGGCGGCGGCGGCGGCUACUACGACGCGUCGUGCAGCUCCUCUCCGGCGGCUCCCAGCUGCACAGUACUCCUCCUCCUCCUCCUCGCACACGCGGCCACCGCCGUGCUCGCUGCCUGCGGCCACCGCUAGCUGGCUAGUUGCCGUGGUAGAGAGCUAGCAGCGUACGUACCG